AUGGAAGUUUGUAAUAUGAUAGGGUGGAAUGUGAGGGGUAUGAAUAAAAGAGAUAAGCAAAAUGUUAUUCUUAGUAUUUGCAAGGAAAAUAAGGUUGGAUUUGGUGCUCUAUUUGAGACUAAGGUGAAACAUGAGAAGCUUCAAGAAGUUUUUGAAAAUAAUUUUCACAAUUGGGAUUACUUUUCAAGUCCUAUCACAUCUGGUAGAAUUUUGGUUUUUUGGCAAGCUAAGUUUGUGAAGGUUGACAUCUUACUAGAAGAUCCUCAACUUGUGCAUUGUAGGAUUAGGGUGAGUGGCCAGCAGAAGUUGUUUUUCGCCACGGUGGUUUAUGGGAGUAACUCUAUGGAGGAGAGGAAAAAAUUAUGGGACAAAUUAGCUAGUAUUGGUCAGCUGAAGUAUCCUUGGAUUAUAUUUGGAGACUUUAAUGCUAUGUUUAGCUACCAAGACAGGAAUGGUGGGAGACAAAUCCUUGCUAAGGAUAUUGCUGAUGCUCAAGAUUGUUUCUAUGUGAUUAGAAGUCAAGAAGUUAACAAGGUGGGAUUCAUUCCUUUUUGUUAUGGUAACCAUUGGUUGCAGUAUAGAGGUUACAGAGCAGCUAUUUUACAUUGUUGGAAUGCUACUGUUGGAUCCGGUAGAGGUUUUAGCAAGGUGGUUCAGAAACUAUUUAGAGUGAAACAUGUUUUGAAAAGGUUCAACAGGGAAGAGGUUGGAGAUGUAGUUUUGAAUUAUAGGGAGGCUAAGGAGGAGUUCUGUAAAGCUCAGGAGGCCUUGGCAGCUUAUCCAUUUGAUCUUUCUGUAUAUCAAACAGUUAAUCAAGCUCAGCAAAAUGUUACAGUUAUGCAGAGUCGAUAUGCCAGUUAUCUCAAACAGCAGAGUAAAUUAAAUUGGGUCAAAUUCAGUGAUGAAAAUUCGAGGUUCUUUCAUGCUAUUAUGAGGAAAAGAAGAGUUGAAAAUAGAAUUACGACUUUCACUCUUGGAGACAAAAUUGAAGAUGAUUAUUCUAAAGUCGUUGAGCACUUUCUCUCCCAUUUUAAGAAUUUUAUUGGGAGGAGAAGUUUGGCCUCUAAGGAGAUUGAUAAAAACUGUUUGUACCAGGGAAACAGAUUGUCUUUGGAACAUCAAGUCAGGUUAUUGAGACCGUUUGGCAAGAGUGAUGUGAAGAAGGCUCUUUUUAGCAUUCACUCUUGUAAAAGUCCUGGUUUGGAUGGCUUUGGCUCGGGGUUCUUCAAGGGAUUAUGGACAGAUAUUGGUGAUGAAAUUUCUCUUGCUGUGUUAGAGUUUUUUCAGGAUGGGUUCUUGCCGAAGGAUCUGAAUGAAACGGUGAUUUCACUCAUUCCAAAGAUUGCAGAUCCGAACUCAGCUAGUGACUACAGGCCUAUUGCGUGUUGUAAUACUCUCUACAAGUGUAUAUCGAAGAUGAUAUGUACUAGACUUUCGGAAGUGCUUCCCUUCCUUGUUCAUAGCAAUCAAGGGGCUUUCAUAAAAAACAGAGUUCUUGCUCAUAAUAUAAUGAUUUUCCAGGAUCUCCUCAAAGGGUACACUAGAAAGAAUAUUUCAGCUAGAUGUAUAAUGAAGAUAGAUCUGAGCAAGGCUUAUGACACAGUUGACUGGCAUUUUGUGGAGGAGUUGCUUAAGCAUCUUUGCUUCCCCUCUAGAUUUAUCUACUGGAUUCUAGCUUGCUUGAAAGGUACCAGCUAUAAUCUUCUAAUGAAUGGUAGAAUCCAGGGCUCUUUUAAAGGGGAAAAAGGCCUUCGGCAAGGGGACCCAAUGUCUCCUCUCUUGUUUGUGCUAAUAAUGGAGUACCUUACCAGAUUAUUGGCUCAUUACUCUGACAAAAAAGGCUUUGGUUUUCAUCCUUUGUGGCUCUCUGCGAACAAAUCUAAAUCUCAAAUCUUCUUUGGAGGGGUUAAGGAAACCAUUAAAGAUCAGAUUCUUGGUUUGGUACAAAUGGAAGAAGGCUCCUUUCCUUUGAAAAUCACAGCGGCCAUUGAUAAAAGUUGUCGGGACUUUCUUUGGGGCAAUAAUGGGAUUAGAAGCAAGCUUCAUCUCCCUUCUUGGGAAAAGGUUUGUCUCCCUAAAAAGCUUCGUGGUAUUGGUUUUCGUGAAGGUAAGAAAUGGAACAUGGCAUUGAUGGCGAAUUUUAUUUGGGCGACAACAACCAAACAAGACUGCCUUUGGGUUAAAUGGAUUAGUUCCAUUUAUCUGAAAGAGCAUAUCAUUUGGAAUGUUCCAAUUAAUCAGGAAAUGAGCUGGUAUUUUAAGAAAUUGUUGAGGUUCAGACAAGUUAUUGAUGAGGGUUCCUUGAGGCAAGCUGUUAAGGGAGGUAAAUUUCGAAUUAAACACUUUUAUACCACUCUUAUUUCUGCUCAAACAGUUGGUUUUGCUGAUACUGUGUGGAACAAAAUUAUAGUGCCCAAACAUAGAUUUAUAUACUCGCAGAUUUUCAACAAUCAGUUGCUUACUAGAGAUCAUUUGAGCCGAUUCUUGCCUCUCACCUAUGCUCUUUGCCUUGUUUGUGAUUCUGAAAUAGAAUUGCACAGCCAUCUGUUCAUGGAGUGCAUUUUUUCCAGGAAAGUGUUUGAGGAAAUUGGUAGUUUGCUGGGAUAUUUGCAUUGGCCUAAAUCGUAUGAGGAGCUUCAUCUUUGGUGCUUGGAAGCUGUGCGAGAUCUGAAGAACCAGAUUGUUAAUGCCGUGUUAUCUGCUUCUUGGUACUUUAUUUGGAGCAACCGGAACAACUGCAUUUUUGACUUUGUUUGUAAAUUGGCCAGUAGCAUUAGUUUGGAAAUCAAGGAAUCAGUUAAGUAUAGAGUCUUGGGCAUGGGUUCUCUUUCUCAUAGAAAAUGGGACAAUUAUUUUCGUAAUGUUGUAGAGGGUUGGUAG